AUGACCAGACCCGACGAGGCGAGGAACAAAUUUUACGAGGACCUGUACGCCCUCCUGUCGACUGUGCCGAGAGUGGAAAAGCUGAUUGUCGUCGGUAACUUCGACGCCCGCGUCGGCACAGACCAUGCUGCCUGGAGAGGAGUGCUGGGUCCCCACGGUCUCGGCAGUUCCAAUGACAAUGACCUGCUCCUCCUACGAACCUGCGCAGAACACCGGUCCAUCCUGGCUAACACGUAAUUCAGCCUCCCGAUGCGAGAGAAGGCCGCCUGGAUGGACCCUCGGUAGCGACAUUGGCACCUGUUGGACUACGUCCUCGUCCAUAGGCGACACCAGCGGGACGUACUUAUGACGAAGGUGAUUAAGGGUGCUGACGGGUGGGUCGACCAUCGCCUCGUCCUCUCCGAGAUACGGAUUCAUCUACAACCUCGCAGGAGACUUCAAGGCAAGCGACCAUCAGGUAAGCCGAAUAUUGCUCUGUAGUCUUUGUUUGCCAACCAUCUCCAUUUCAGAAACGAGCUAGCCGCUGCCGACGACGAGUACGCCCCCGUGGAGAACCGAUGGUGCCAACUCGGGGACACAGUCCAGUCAACGGCCCUGGCUGUCCUCGGUCGCGCACGUCGCCAACAUCAGGGCUGCUUCGAUGACAACGACGCCGCCAUCAGCAAACAGCUCGCCAAGAAGAACCGGCCGGAUUUGUGUUUAGUCCUUCCCUGACAGUGCCUGUAAACCGGCAUAAAGUAUGCUAAUUAAGAUUGCUAUUAUUAUUUUUAUUAUUUCUGCAAAGCCUACUUCAACGGCCUCACCGACAACAACAAAGCAGCCUUCUAUCGUAGUUGCCGCCUUGUGAAACAGCGGCUGUGGGAGGUGUACGACGCUUGGACGACCCGCAAGGCCGUGGAGAUCCAAGAGUACGCGAACCGCAACGAAUGGAAGAAUUCCUUCUCCGCGAUCAAGGCUGUCUACGGUCUGCCAACAAAAGGAAGUUCUCCUCUUCUCAGUGCCAACGGAAGAACCUUACUCACCAAGAAGACAAAACUUCUUCAGCGAUGGGUCGAGCGCUUCAGAGGCGUCCUCAAACGUCUAUCAACCAACUCCGACGUCGCCACCGCCUCAAGUGAAGACCAACGCCGAUCUCGGCCUCCCGCCCUCUCUCCACGAAACAAUCAAGGCCAUGAAGCAGCUCUCGAGCGGUAAAGCGUCCGGAUCGUAUGCGAUCCCCGCUGAGAUCUACAAGCACGGUGCCCCCCCAACGCAUGGAUUAUCUGACAGCGCCCUUUCAGGAGAUGUGGCGUCAAGGAGAGGUCCUGCAGGAUUUCAAGGACGCCACAAUCCUGCACCCCAACAAGCGGAAAGGGAACCGUCAAAUCUGCGACAACCGCCGAGGAAUUUCCCUUCUGAACAUCGCCGGAGAGAUCUUCACUCUAAUUCUUUUCGACCGCCUGAACAACCAUCUGUAACCGGGUCUCCCGCCGGAAAGCUGUUACGGCUUCCGUCGUCAUCAUGGGACCACGGACAUGUCCUUCGCCGUCUUCCAGUUGCAGGAGAAGUGUUAGGAGAUGCGGAUCUGACGAAAUCCUUCGAUACGCUGAAUCGUGAAAAACUGUAGAAAAUCGUGCAGAAAUUUGGUUUUCCCGAACGAUUCACUGGGAUGAUGCGUCAGCUCCACGAUGACAUGGUGGCGCGAGUCACGGACCAUUGAGCUGUCUCAGAGGCAUUCGCAGUGACCAACGGAGUGAAGCAGGGCUGUGUCCUCCAACCUACCCCUUUCAGUCUCAUGCUCUCUGCCAUGCUGAUGGCCACCUGCCGUGACGAACUCCCCGGGAUCCACGUCGCCUAAAGAACGGACGGUCAACUGCUCAACUAACCAGAGGAUGCACUUUCAAUCGCGUGUCUCCACAACCACCGUCCACGAACUUCUGCUCGUCGACGACUCUGCCCCAAUGCAACUACUGAAGGAGACAUGCAAAGGAGCAUCGAUCACUUCUCCACCGCCUGCAAGAACUUCGGCCUGACCAUCAACACUGAGAAGACGGUGGUCAUGCACCAACCGCCACCCAAGACUGCCUAAAAAGCCCCGCAAAUCAGUGUGAACAGAUCCCAACUGCAAGUGGUAGACAACUUCACGUAUCUGGGCAGCACCCUCUUCCGCAGUACCAAAAUCGACGUUGAAGUGACCCGCCAGAUUUCUAAGGCCAGCCAAGCCUUCGGUCAUCUUCAAAAACACAGUUUUGAAUCGUCACGUUCUUCAGAUCAGCACGAACCCGAAGACGUAUAAGGCGGUCAUCCAACCACGCUGCUGUAUGGAGCGGAGACCUAGACGGCGUACAAGAAGCAGGCGCGAAAGCCCAAUCACUCCCACCUAAGUUGUCUUUGUCGCAUACUGAAGCUGAGGUGACAGAACCGUAUCCCAGACACCGAUAUACUGGAGCGAACGGGAAUCCUCCGCAUCCACGCUAUGCUGAGACAACUGCAACUACGCUGGAGCGACCACCUCGUACGGAUGGGUGACGAGAGGCAACCUAAGCGACCCUUCUAUGGGGAUGUCGUGAGAGGUUCGCGGCGACAAGGAGGUAAAGUCCGGUGCUACAAGGAUAUUCUGAAGACAGCCCUGAUACGCCUGCAGAUCAACCCGGAAAACUGGGAAGACCUCGCCCUGGACUGACCUACGUGGAGGAGAACGGUGAAGAUAGGCGCAGCAAUCUUCGAAGCUAAGCGCAUCACCGCCGCCAAAGCCAAACGCGAAACACGUAAAGCUCAACUGCCGCCGCCGCCGCCGCCGCCGCCGCCGCCGCCGCCGCCGCCGCCGCCGCCGCUGUCUCACAACGCCAACGCUCAACCACCUCCAGCGUGUCCACGAUGUCAAAGGACAUUCAGGGUGCCAAUUGGACUUGUUGGACACCUUCUGACCAAUUGUAA